AACGGGGGAGAAGAAGAGCGGCGGAGCGGCGGCGUGGGGCUCUCCUUCCCACGGUGGGUGUCUGGUCCGGUCCGAGAUGGAAGGUUACCGGGGCUCCAUGUGAAACUGACUAAUGCGGUGCUGGAAACUUUUUCGGACGAUAAAAAUGCAGAGCAGUCUUUCCCACUCACCGCCAACCAUAGCUGUUGGGACCGGGUGAGGAGGAGAGGACAAGAGAGCGAAGGAAAGGAGCGACUGAAGUAAAGAGAAGGAGAAAGAAAGUUCAGGGACAAAAAAACAAGGACAAGUAGGAUUUCAACAGAUUUUGGUGUACCUCGAUGUCCCCGCUGGAUCGUUGGCGCAUCCUGUGAGCCGUUGAGCGCCGUCUUUUUCCACCGCCCCCCUUCACACACACACAACUUCCCACUUUGACUCUGCGAGGCAGGGGGAGGCCACGGGUGAACUUUUCAUGGCAGCGGCACUCUAGGGCUGCCAUGGCAGCUGCUGCCGCCGAUGCCUCACACCGUAUUACCGCACUGACGCCGGAGGAAGAGGGACGACGGACCACCGCCAAGCUGUUCGGGAGCUCCGCCCCGCUGCCACGGAUAGAGCGAGAGAGAGAGCGAGAGAGAGAGAGGGAGAGGGGGGAAGGAGGAGGAGGAGAAGGGGUAGGGAAAGUGAGAGGGAGCGAGUGUUCGGUGUGCGGGGCCCUGUUCGCCUCGCAGGAGAAGCUCCGGCUUCACGCCUUGGGUCACGCAGGAGAGAAACCCUUCCGCUGCUCACAGCCACACUGUCCCAAGGCCUUCAGCUCCAAAUACAAACUCCUAAGGCAUAUGGCCACACACUCUCCACAGAAGACCCAUCAGUGUUCAUUCUGUGAGAAAAUGUUCCACCGCAAAGACCACCUGAAGAACCACCUGCAGACCCAUGACCCCAACAAGGAGGCCUUCAAGUGUGAGGAGUGCGGGAAGCACUACAACACCAAGCUGGGAUACAAGCGCCAUGUGGCCAUGCACUCCGCCACGGCAGGGGACCUCACCUGCAAAGUGUGCAUGCAGAGCUACGAGAGCACGCCGGUGCUCUUGGAGCACCUCAAGACCCACUCCGGGAAGUCUUCGGGUGGCGCCAAGGAGAAAAAGCACCCGUGCGACCACUGCGACCGUCGAUUCUACACGCGAAAGGAUGUGAGACGGCACAUGGUGGUCCACACGGGCCGAAAGGACUUCCUCUGCCAGUACUGUGCCCAGCGCUUCGGCAGGAAGGACCAUCUGACACGUCACGUGAAGAAGAGCCACUCACAGGAGCUAAUGAGGAUCAAGACGGAGCCUCCGGAUAUGUUAGGUCUUUUAGCAUCAGGGUCACCGCCUUGCUCUGUGAAGGAGGAGCUCAGCCCCAUGAUGUGCGGCAUGGGUCCCAACAAAGACCCCAUGAUAGGCAAACCGUUCCCCAGUGGAGCCCCUUUUCCGAUGGGCAUGUACAACCCCCACCACCUCCAGGCCAUGUCUAAUUCUGGGGUGGGUCACCCGCACCCGUCCCUGAUGCCGAGUCCCUUGUCUGCAGCCAUGGGCAUGGGCUGCCACAUGGAAUCCCCCGGACCUCUUCACCCGCGCUCCCUUCACCACCACCACCACCACCACCAUCACCACCACCACCAUUCCCCUCCGCUUCCCCAACACCACCAGUCUCCGGCUCCCCAGCAGCAGCACCAGCCACAGCAAGCCCCCAAAUACCAGCUGGGAUCUACCUCAUACCUGCUGGACAAGCCCUUGAAAGUGGAGAUGGAGAGCUUCCUCAUGGAUCUGCAGAGCGGCUCGCCAGGCCCGCUUCCCUCUGCUGAGCCACAUGCUGCUGCCUCGCCCCCAAGGACGCUGGAGCCCACCUCGGGCCUGGUGGAUGAGCUUUGCGGGGGUCACCUCCUGUCCAAGAGCCCCGCGAUGAUCGAUGAGUCUCUGUGUGCUGCUAACAUGGACUUCUCCCACCUGCUGGGUUUCCUGCCCCUCAACCUGCCUCCCUACAGUGCGCCCAUGAGCACGGGAGGGCUGGUGAUGGGCUAUACCUCAUCUGCGACCCCCUCCUCUUCCUCCGCUUCCUCAUCUCUGCACGCUGCCGAGCCCCACGCCGCUGCGGUCGCUGCGGCACCUCUUACCUCUUUGCAACCGCAACCUCAGGAGCAGCAGAGCUCCAGCGGUCUGGGCCUCGGACCCCUGCACAACCUCCCACCAGUGUUCAGCUCCAGCCUUAGCACCACCACGCUGCCUCGCUUCCACCAGGCCUUUCAGUGAGAGCGCCGGCCCUCGGCCCAGCCAGGGCGGCCUCCACACCUGCCUCAGCUCGGCUCGGGCGGAGGUCCUUCACAGGGCCUCUUGAAGAAGUUCGAGAAUCACAAUAAAUAAAAACACAAAUGAACCACGUAGAAGCCUUAAAUGAAAGUGCACAAAAGCUUUUGAUUGAGCCUUAAAAGGAAGUUUAACCUCUAAGAGCAAAAUUGGAAAA